AUGCCCCUCUCCCGCCACACCGGCCAACUCCCAGAGUCCAACUGGACCUUGAGCUUCAGGGAGAUGACAGAGCCCUGGAAAGGCGCUGUCGGCUGCCUCGGCGUGGCCGUCUUCUUCGCCAUGACCAUCGGCAUCAUCUCCUGGCAGGCUCUGGAGCAGUCUCCGGAGGAGUGGGUGCUGCGUGGCCGGGACGGUGGGAUGCUGUGGGAGCGCCGGCGCGGGGCCCUGGUGCUGCGGGCGCUGCCGGCGGGGCGGGCGGUGGCGGCGAUCGCGGUGGGCGGUGUGCCGGCCGCCGAGCCCCCGCCACCCCGGGACCACUGCUGGCACGACGGUCGCCAGUUCUGCUACUCCUGGGAGGAGGACGCCGAGCUCCGGCUCUCCCUGGAGCCCCCGGUGGUCCCCGGCACCGAGUGCUACAGCGUCCACUGGACCCCCCUGCGCCCCGACGUGACGCUGAAGGAUUGCUUUUCCAUGGCCAAUGUCUCCUGGUAUGGUGGGCCAAGCAUCCGUGCCCAGCGCUGGCCCCUCAACGGUGCCGAGAGCCCCACGCAGCCUUUCGUCAGCGGAGACCUCGGUAUGAAUCCCGACGGAUUCGGGCCUGUCCUGGACAGGUACUUCCUGGGCUCGACAGGAGUGACGGUGACCGUGGCGCCCGACGUGCCCCUGCUCCUGUCGCUGGAGAGCCACCGGCACUUCUGCCUGGAGACGCCGGCGGGCCGGGCGGAGCCCCUGCAGUACCUCCUCUGCAUCAGCACCGACGUGGCGUCCGCACACCGGCACACGGGCAACCCCCCGGCGGGGCCGGCACGGACACGGCCGGACACGGCGCUCCUGGGGUCUCCGCUGUGGCGGUACCACGGCCCGGAGGGUUCUGCCGCCAAAAUCAAGCGAGGUCUGAGGUCGCUGGUGAGGAGGUUGAAGCGGCACGGCCUUCAGGAAGGGGUCGUGGCCCUGGGCGAGCGCGGCACCGCCAUCCUCGCCGCAGCGGAGCGUGUGCCCUCGGAGCGCAGGAAGAGGCAGGACCUGGCCCUGGUGGAGCCUCUGCAGCUCUCCAUCACUCUGUCCCCCUACGCCAGCAUCACCUCCCCGCUCUUCCUGCAAUCCCUGCACCAGGGCGAGGCCACGGGAUACUGGCUGAGCCGCCAGCCCCGACCUGGGGGCAGCUUGAUCCCGCUGCUGACCACCUGGAAGGGGCAGCUCUGUGCCCGCCUGAACGUCACCAGCGAGGCAGCGCUGGCCUGGUACCUGACACGUGCCCGGCACCUGCGGCAGGCCCUGGGGGCCACAUAUGUCAUCUUUGAGGGAGUUGAGGGUAAUUCCUUCCUGGAGCAGGGUGUCCCACCUCCCACCGAGCUGGCAGGUGAUGGAUACACCAGGGUGUUGGCGGCAGCACUGGCGACGCUGGGCAAUGGCACCAUCAUCAGCGCCGGGGCCAGCUCCAGUCACCUCCCUCUGUUUGUCCAGAUGAGCCCCCUGCGCUCCGACUGGAGCCACGCGGGGCUGAAGGGACUGAUCCCCUCCGUGCUGCACUACAGCCUCUUGGGCUACAACUUCUUCAUCCCUGACACAGUAGGAGGGAGCCUGGCCGGUGACUCCACGGGGGACCCAGAGCUUUUCGUGCGGUGGCUGCAGAUCGUGACCUUCCUGCCCGUGAUGGCCUUUGGGUCCCCACCCUGGCUCUGCUGUGACUCCUGGGUCCUGAAUCUGACCCGCCAAUGCAUCCAGAGGCACCGGGACUUUGUAGUGCCGCUCCUCCUGAAAUACAGCGAGGAGUGGCAGAGUUUGGGACACCCCAUCUUCCGUCCAGCCUGGUGGCUCAGCCCCACGGAUCCAACCGCCUUCACCAUAGAGGAUGAAUUUCUCAUUGGAGAUGAGGUCCUGGUUGCUCCAAUAACAGAAAAAGGACAAACAUGGAGGGAUGUCUUCCUGCCUGGAGAAGGGCACCUGUGGCUGGACACCAACUCUGCCCGUGUGUUUGAUGGAGGCACCAUCCUCAGGAAUUACUCUGCCAGCCUGGCCGAGGUGCCAGUGUUUCUAAAGACCUCCUGA